CUGAGGAACCGUAACUGGAACCGGACCCGGAUUCACAACCGGAUAGAAACUCCACGUUUGUUUAGUUCUCGGCCAGCUCUUAUCAGCCACCACAAUGGAACGCCCGAGCACACAAUUCGAUAAAUACACCAAAAUUUGGAGUGGACCAAGGCCGGCAAAUUUCUUUGAUGCGGAUUGUUCGAUUGGCAAAAUACUGUUUGCUUUUAUGAGAAACCACCCAUCAAGUCUAUGUCAGAUUUCCGACACGGAAGGCACUGCCUUGACCAAUGGCGAGGCCAUCACCUUUGCCAUUCGCAUAGCCCAGCACUUGAAGGCUCUGGGCCUGAAACAGGACGAUGUGGUGGGGAUUGCAGGUACAAAUACCACAUACCUGAUGCCGGUGGUGCUGGGUUGUCUGCUAAACGGGACUCCCUUCCAUGCGGUGAGUCCCUGGCAUGAUGAGGAGACCAUGAAGCAUCUAUUUUCGAUCACCCGGCCAAGGAUAAUAUUCUGCGACGGCUUCGUCUACCAGAGAUUAAGUAUAAUAGCCAGGAUACUGAAAACGCAUGUGUACACUCUCAAGGAUCACCGACUUGGUAUGCCCCGGGUAGAGGAUCUGCUGGAGCCGACAAAAGCUGAAUUGUAUUAUGUUCCCUCGCCGCUACUGUUGGGUGGCGAUCAAACAGUGGCCAUUCUAAGUACUUCCGGAACCACGGGUCUACCCAAAGCAGUUUGCAUUACUAACUCAGCAUGUCUCUUUGAUUUCGGAUUUGUUACCGGUCAGGAUGUACUGCUAUCCUUCAGCACCAUUGACUGGUCCUCCGGAAUGUUCAACAUGCUCUUCAGCUGCUGCCACGGCUCCACACGGAUCAUCACCGAUCGAGCCUACACCCCGGAGUACAUGCUCCAGCUGGUGGAGAAGUACAAGGUCACCUUGCUAACAGUGAUUCCCCAGCAGGUGGCCUCCCUCCUGAAGGCGCCCACCCUCAGCAAACAACGUCUGGCUACAAUCCGGUUCGUCAGCGUGGGUGGCGGCUCCUGCUACGUGGCCAAUCUUCUGAAGAUGCAGGAGUUCCUGGCCAAUGGACAGAUAUCCUACGGCUAUGCCCUGACCGAGUGCGGAGGUGUGGCUGCCAAUAUGGGCGUGUCUAAGCCCUCGUCGGUGGGCCGGAUUGUGCCGGGAGUUCGUGUGAAAAUCCUGGACGAUGCCGGACGAAGUCUAGGCCAUGGCGAAACCGGUGAGAUCCUGGUGCACAAUGGCAAGCAGUGGAACGGCUACUACGGUAAUCCGAAUGAAUCAAAGCGCAUUCAGGACUACCAGGGCUGGUUCCACACCGGUGACAUGGGCUACUUUGAUGACGAGAACUACCUGCACAUUGUGGAGCGGAAGCGGGACCUCCUCCGCUUUCACGGUGCCCAGUACUGUCCCCACGAACUGGAGCAGGUCAUCGCCGAGCUGCCGGACGUGAUCGAGGCCUGUGUGUUCGGCCUCUGGAACGAAGUGGAUGGCGAUCCAGCGGCAGCAGCAGUCGUCAAAGUUCCGGGCAGCCGUCUCACCGAAAUGGACAUAGUGGAGUAUGUGGCUAAGCGGCUGGUGGUCACCCACAAGCAGCUCCAUUGCGGCGUCUUCUUCCUGCCGGAGCUGCCAAAAACUGGCAGCGGCAAAGUUCUGCGGCAGCAGGCACGCGAUCAGGCUCUGGGCAAAAAAUGGGCCGACUACGGCAACGGACACUAAUCUUUUCGAUAGACUUAAUUCUGUUAGGCUUAAAGACAAUUAGUUAUUACCAGGGGACGGAUGAC